UAAUCUCUCUCUCUCUCUCUCUUCCUACACACACCAGAAAAAUCAUAGAAGAAGAUCAAGUUAGCUUUAAAUCACCAAUUUUGGUUAAUUAGUGAAACCAAAACAAGAAAUGGGAAGAGCACCUUGCUGUGACAAAAAUAAUGUCAAGAAAGGUCCAUGGUCACCUGAAGAAGAUGCUAAGUUGAAAUCAUACAUUGAGCAACAUGGCACUGCUGGAAAUUGGAUUGCUUUGCCUCAGAAAAUUGGCCUGAAAAGAUGUGGAAAGAGUUGUCGGCUUAGAUGGUUAAACUAUUUGCGACCAAACAUCAAGCAUGGUGGAUUCUCAGAAGAAGAAGAUAACUUCAUUUUGAGCUUCUAUAUAAGUAUUGGAAGCAGGUGGUCUAUUAUUGCGGCACAACUUCCUGGAAGAACAGAUAAUGAUAUAAAGAACUACUGGAACACCAAGUUAAAGAAGAAAUUAUUUGGAAAACAGCGCAAAAAUCUUAAAGGGAAAAGCCAAAAACAAGGAUCAAGAAAAAUAGGAAGGUCAGAAAUGAUCAGCUCCAGUAUGGUUUGUGAUCAUAACAAUAUUGUUAACACAAACCCUAGCUGGCCUGAUCAGCGUCCUAUCUUGCAGCAAAUACCAUACUCAAAUCAAGAACCACAUAUCACUAACGACCACGCUUCGAUCAGAAAGUUAUUGAUGAAUCUUGGAGGAAAAUUUUCAAAUGAUGAUGAUGAUAAAGAGAUCAAUAUUGGAGUGCCAAAUCCUCAAUAUGAUCCUCCCAUGGAUAAUUCUUUGAUGCAACCAAUAUAUGAUCAUAAUUCUAUCAAUUUGAUGUCUUCUAAUCCAAUGGAUGUCAUAAACAUGACACAUUCACAUUUCACAAAUACUCAAUACAACAUGGACGGGAAAGCAGACUGUUGGGCUGACACUGACACUGAUAGACGAAAGUUAGUGGAGCGAAUGGGAUUAGAUACUCCAUUAGUCCUAGCAGUAAAUGAUGGUUUUGCUGGUGAGUUUGAGCAUAUGAUGUACACAAGUAAUUCACAAAAAUUAGAUGGUCUUGAAAUGUUAUAUGAGGAUAUGGUUAAUAAUAAACCUUCAACUACUUUGGGAGGAAACUUGGAGUGGGAAAAUAUGAAUAAUUUGGUGUUUCCAUUUGCUCCACUAGUUGCUUCUAACAAUGAAGGUCAUCAGCAUUGCACUUUGCUUCAAGAAGGUGCACUUGAUGAACUUAGGUACACUGGGGAUGAAUAAUACUCCUGUAAAUUUCAUUUGACAUUGUAAAUUUCUUGUAGGAGAGACGCUGGGUGAUUUUGUGUUUAAUUGUUGGAUAAACCCUAAUAAACUUGUUUACUCAAAUAUUUGCAUCUUUUCACUUGGUUA